AGUGGUGCCCGACAUGGACAACAGCUCGAUCACGCUGCAGCCUCAUGUACUGUCGAAUACGGUGGGACGAUGCCAGCAGCAUUGUGUCGGACAGCCUGGAGGCGGCUAUGGAAGUGAUACCUCCUAUGUCAGCCACUACACGGACAGCGAUGGCCAGAUCAUUUGGCAGCGCUACAGCGCACGUCAGCAGGUGCUCAAGCGUCGUCGUCGCUCCCUGAAGACACGUCCCUGGUACCACAAAUGUUCUACGUUUGUGCGUUUGCACAAAUCAUUAAAGAGCGUCAAGAGACCCGGCGUUGAAUCGCUGCUGCCAGUUCUGGCCCAUCAUCAGUUUCCAUUGAAAAUCGGGAGAGCAUAAUCCAACGCUUGAAUGCCUACAAAAGGCGAUUCAAGGUGAAGAACGAGUCGGACUGGCUGGACGAGCACUACAAGACGGCAAUGGAAGUUUUCUCUACGGAUUAUGGCAAUGCCACAGAGCAGGACAAAUCAGAGAAGCCGCAACAGCAGCAGCAGUAGCCACCAGCAGCAGCGCUUGGUAAGCUGAGCGUUCAUGUUGCCCAUCAGAUGAACAUUCCAGCAGUAGCAGCACCAGCAGCAGCACCUGUAACUGUAGCAGCCGUGCAAGCAGCUGUUGAAGAUUAAAAAAACAUCCUCCGAAUCGGCUUUAAGAUUAGAGGAGGAUGAGGAAGUUGUUGAGGAAUUGAGUUCCCCGACGAGCGGCUUUGGUGAUAGUACAGAGGAGAGUGCUUCAUGUGGCAUUGGGACCUCUGCCUGCGAUCCUUCUGCCUUCUCGGAUCCACUGGAAAAUGAUGAUGAAGAUGACGAGGACACCGACUGCAUGCAGCUCUGGGAGGAGACCUACCAAACAACGUCAGCAACGAGUACAUCAUGGCACAGGCCAGCAUCAUGGGACGGUACUGGUAGCCCACAUUCAGCCGCAGACUCCGAUUCACAUUUACGCUGCUUACGCAAUUGACGGCUGCAUGACGGCACACACAUGCAGUCCCGUGAGCACCACGAAGUAAAUUAUGUCACGGAAUUUGAGCAUUGCAAA